AUGUCCACAACACCUUUGGUGUGUGAUAGCAUGGGCAUUGGCAUGCAAGGAUGGCUGGGUAAUAAAUCACCAAAUGCAGAUUAUGUCCCUGACCCACACAUUUUCAAUGACCAGGACCUUCAAUUCCAAGCUGAUGGUUGGUUUGGGCUGGUCAACUGCUUUCAAUGGCCUCAAACAUAUGAGAAGGAAUAUGAAUAUUCAAUGUGUGUUCCCUGGAAGGAUGUGCUCCCCACUCUUGGUAUUGUGUGGGACACUCUUACUCCCAGUGACUUCAUUAUUCCAACUGGCUCUGGAUUCACAGUAGGCACCAUUCAAGAGGGGAAAGUCAAGGAUUUUGAGGAUACAGGAAGUCAUGUGUAUCCAGGUCUGCUUGGCUCAGCACCAGGUGAUGCACUUGUAGCACCACCCCCUCCUAUAUUGUGA